AUGGAGACCGCAGCAUCAGUCAUUGCUGUUGUGACGAUUAGUUUCAAAAUGGCUACCGGUCUUUACCGGUCUUUCUCCGACAUCAAUGGCGCUCCAGGGACAGUAAAGAGAUUCGCUAGCUCCCUGGACAACCUCGCGCGCACUCUUGAACAGCUCGCCCGCCUUCGAGUCGUGAGAGACCAUGGUAGUGUUGACGGAACAGUUUAUCUCAAACAAGCAGCGGACAAGUGUUCAUCAAACCUCGAAUAUUUAAGGGAUGAGUGGAAAAGGUUCAAGGUGUCGUCUCCUAACAACCGACUUCAAGUCUCAUGGGGGAUGGUGAGAACUUCCCUCAAAGAUGGCGAUAUCCAAAAGUGGCACGCGAUGAUACGGGAGCAUAUCGCGACGUUGCUAUUCCAGCUUUGCUGUCUCUCGAGCGAAACCAACAUCGACAAUUUCACCGCUGUACGAGACAUCAUCGAACGGGUCAAAGCGUCCCAAGAUGUCACUCACAACAGGAUUGCGGCUCUGGAGGUGCAGCUCAGUCAGCUCACGGGACUUGAAUCUGAUACGAAAGCAAUACGCUCCCAGACCGUAGUCAUUCGGGAUCGAAGUGUUGAAAUUCAACAAACCGUUACUGCGACUGCAAUAUCGCUCGAAUCCGUGCAUACAAAGCUAGAGCAUAUGCGCGAAGCGUCCCAGAGCCAAAUCACGAAUCUGAAUUCUCUGAUUGAGACUUGCAUGAAAGUUGCUGCUUCCUCAACAGGCCAAGACAGUAAAGUGACUACUUCACACGUCAGGCAGUGCGAGCUCGAUGAUGACGCAUUUCUGAAAAGUCUUUCAAGGCUUUCUCAUCUGGAUACCUGGAAUGUGGUGCCGAACCCUUCUGCUGAGGCUGAGGACAUCAUUUCAGGUCUCGAGUGCCUCCUAGAUGCAGCAAUGUCAAACAUCAAGAGCGAAACCACGAGCCGUGCCUCUGCAGCUGUUCUUCCACAGCUAGCGUGCGAGCCAUCAGCGGAAGAGACCGAAGCAUUGGAAAAGAGUCGUGUCCUCAGGCGAUUAAGAGGCAUCCUAGGAAGCUCCAUGGAGCUAUCUGUCAACAGUCGCGCACAGGCUGCGGGACGGUCUGCAUUUGCCGUGACAGGCCUCCACGAACAGCUCAGUAUACGCCUCAGAAGUGGAGAGCUUAAGCUUUUAAUAAGAAAGAACCGAACAAGGGAUAAAACUUACGAUGGCCGGAUCUACGAUCGACAGUCUCAUCACGAACAGCUAUUAGGAAUUGACGUUCUAAUGGACUUCAUAUCGCAAGACCCUAGUAUCCCAUUCCGUCUAGUUGCGAAUUUUGCCCAAUCGUGGGCCGACGGGAUUUGCUGCUCCUCAGUCCCAGUGCUGUGGGCGUACAAUAUCAGAAGUCGACGCGAAAUGCGACAGCUAUGGAGAGAAAUGAAAGGUUCAGGAAUCGAUGGGGUAAAACGAUUUUUUCAGGCCAGGAAAGCAUCUCCACGCGAUAUCGAUACAUGCGGAAAGACCUUCCUUGCUGUAAGUGACCUACACUUAGGCUAUCAAUGGCUAAAAAGCAGCGAUAUUCCUUUGACUGCAUAA